CCCCGCCCCCAAAAUGCGUGGAUCUUGUAUCGAAAAGAUACCAACGCUAGGUUUCGACAAACAGGGGAACAUGAAGGAAAAAAAUCCUCAUUGAUAUCACAGAUUAUCGCAGAAAUGUGGGAGAAUGAGAGAGAUGAAGUUAAAAAAAUGUUUUUUGUACUUGCAAAAUGGGCUGGUUACGUUCAUAAGGAAGUGAAUGACGAAUAUAGGUAUUCCCCG